CCUGUGCAUCAGCCUUUUAGACCGACAACAUGAGCUUCACUUUCAAGUCAGCGUUCGAGACCAUCUCCAGCUUCAGCAUCCCUUAUGUGAGCCGUAUCUCUGGAGGACUAAAAGCUGGGAAAGCCAUCUUCAUUCAGGGAUCUGUUCCGUCUGGAUGUGAGAGCUUUGUGGUGAAUCUGAAGUGUGGAGAGUCUGAAGGAGAUGACAUCGCCUUUCAAAUCAAGCCCCAGUUCAGCAGCGACCGCAUGGUGCUGAACAGCCGCCAACAUGGGUCAUGGGGAAAAGAGGAGAAACUGGAAUUACCUUUAAAGCAGGCCAGCGGCUUUGAUCUGAUCAUUGCCGUGAAUUCUGAAAAUUAUCAGGUGUAUUUGAAUGGAAGUGAAGUUGGCCGAUUCCAGCAUCGUAUAUCUCUGGAUCGAGUCAUCGCUCUGAGCGUUGGAGGAGAGGUUUCUGUGACAAACGUGGCUUUCACCGAGAGCUGGGCUGGAUCUUCUGUCUUUGGGCAGAGCGCAAGUAUGCUCCACUCGCAGAAUGGGACGAUCACUUUUGGAGAACAUUCAUCUGUGCUAGAUGGAAGCUCAGCUAUUCAAACACAGAUGGGACUUUCAUUGAGCAACCCGGUUCAAAAUCCUAACCUUCCUUAUCUGGCCCCAAUUUCAGGAGGACUGAGAGAAGGCAUGGCCUUGUACUUGCAGGGAGUUGUUCCUGCUAAUGCUGACCGAUUUGAACUAAAUUUCAAGACUGGGCCAUCUGACAAUGAUGACAUUGCUUUCCACUUCAACCCUCGAAUGGACCGGAAGGUGGUCAUGAACAGCUUCAGGAACGGAGGAUGGGAGGCUAAGGAAAGUAUCUCUGACAACCCCUUUAAAAAGGGAGAAGCUUUUGAGAUGUUCACUGUCAUCAAAUCUGAAGGAUAUAAGGUUUAUGCGAAUGGUAAAGAGCUGUACACAUUCAAGCAUCGUAUACCGCUGGAAAAAGUGUCAACGUUAAAUAUCAGUGGAGAUGUUGCUGUGACCCUUUCUGGUUUCAUACAAAACUGGAGAGCAAUCAAUAAAUUAAUCAAUAUCUCACCAGAGGAUGACUAA